UGUUUGUGUGGAGCAGCUGUCGGUCGGAUAGUAUCUGUGGGUCCACAGGAACGGAAACAUGGACGCAGAGUGAUUAUUGGUCUUUCUCUGGAAAAAUCCUAACCGGAUCUCACUUUGCAAUCACACUUUUACCUUUGCAGGACUUUCCCCACCUCUCAUGUGUGGUCGAGUGUGUUUCCACAACCGAGCAUGCUUUUAUCGUUGCCUUUGUUUAAUGUGCGACUUGAUUAAAAUAUCCGGCAGCGGAAGAAACUGCCUGCUUUACUACUGAGAGGCUAAUUUAGGCUGAAGCCUAACUUUUUCUCCGGGCAGUGAUGUCUUCGGAUCGUGUGGAUUACAUUGCGCCGUGGUGGACUUACUGGCUACACAAUUUUCCUCAUAUCAAUCUGAGGUUUCAGCCCAUUGAUAAGACCUUCCAGCCUGAAGAUGAGAACUACCAGCAGUCACUCAUAUUCCUGGGCUGUGUGGCGGCGGCAGGGCUUGGCCUCAACCUUCUGUGUCUGGCCAUCUACCUGAGCUGCUUGUGCUGCUGCCGUAAAGAGGAGGAGGAGGAAAGCAAGAAACCUAAUUCCUGCUGCGUCACCUGGUCAGCAGUCGCCGCCGGCCUCAUCACAUGCGUCGCAGUGGGUGUGGGUUUCUAUGGCAACAGCGAGACCAAUGACGGUGUAUACCAGAUGACCUACUCCUUGUACAACGCCAAUCACACGCUGGGUGGAGUGGACAGUCUGGGGAUAACUCUUCCUUUCGGGCUUAAACAGGUUUCAGGCACCAUGGGCAACAUGAGGAGUGGCCUGCACCAGCACCUUGCGAGGCUUGAUGAGAUCUUUGCAACACGGGGCGACUACGUGCAGACCCUGCAGUUCAUGCAGCAGAUGGCUGACAAUGUGAUCAAACAGCUGCUCGGACUGUCUGACUGGGAAAAAGCUAAAGUGGACCUGGCAUCCAUUGCUGAUCAGUCAGCAACCAUAGAGUACUACAGGUGGCUCACAUACCUGCUGCUCCUCAUCCUGGACCUGAUCAUCUGCCUGCUGGCCUGUCUGGGACUGGCCAAGCAGUCCCGCUGGCUGCUCACAACGAUGAUGGUGUUUGGAGUGCUGACGCUAGUCCUGAGCUGGACUUCACUGGGAGCUGACCUGGCAACCGCUGUGGGCACAAGUGAUUUCUGCAUUUCCCCUGACAAAUACAUCAUGAGUAAAACAAAGGAUGUCAUCAGUGCUGAUAUUGUUCAUUACUAUCUGUACUGCAACCAGACUCUCUCCAACCCCUUCCAGCAGCCUCUGGCCAUCUUCCAGAGGUCUCUGACCACCAUGCAGAUCCAGAUCCAGGGUCUGUUGCAGUUUGCUGUACCACUGUUUCCUACGGCUGAGAGAGAUCUCCUGGGUAUACAACAUUUGCUCAACUCCUCGGAGGCCAGUCUGCACCAGCUGACCGCCCUGCUGGACUGCAGGGGGCUCAACAAGGACUACCUGGAUGCAAUGGUGGGGGUGUGCUAUGAUGGAGUGGAGGGUGUACUGUACCUCUGCCUGUUCUCCAUUCUGGCAGCCUGUGCCUUCACUGUCAUGCUGUGUGCCAUUCCCAGGGCAUGGAGACAAAUUGCCUGCAGGGAACAAGAUUACGAUGAUAUGGAUGAGGAGGACCCGUUCAACCCACGGGCAAGGAGAUUAGGGUCUCAGAACCCCGACCACACCAACAUGCACAGCUUCUGCAGCUACAGCAGCAGCAUGGGCAGCCAGACCAGCCUGCACCCGCCCGCUCCGGCUGUCUCCAAUGCCCCAAUGUCUGAGUACAUGAACCACACAGCUCUUUUCGGGGGAAAUCCACGGUAUGAGAAUGUGCCUCUGAUAGGACGAGGCUCUCCACCCCCAUCGAUAUACUCUCAGCAGUAUAGAAACCGAUACUCUCCCACUAUGAGGGCCACCUAUCUGUCCAUGACUGAAGAACAGAGGAGACACUUUGGAAAUGACUUCCAAGCAUAGACUUCCCUGUUUGCCCAAGGAGAGAAGCAGCAUCACAUACCAUCUACAAGACAGCAACAUGCAGCUGAUAGAAGACUCACAGAGGAAACUGUGUGGCUUCACGUUAGUCAGGACUCCAGCGUGUGGAGUCUAUUGAUAAUGGAACGAUAUCUGUAAUCUUCUCUCUGUUCUUUUAGCUCAUUCAUGACAUUUCUAUCCUUUCUUGGAGAACAUGCUAAACAUUUCCAAGAAGUGCUGUCAAACUUAACAAGCUCUUAAUCUGUUUUGUUCUUUGAUACGCCGACACGCUCUUUUAAACAUAUAAAAAAAACACACAAAAAAUAGUUGUUUCCCAAUAACAUAAAAAAGAAAGUUUAAAUUCAGUUGAGAUCUCUCUCUCUGCCUUUGAAAUGGAGAUGUGUACUAAUUUUGACAUCUUAUAUUUGAAUCUCCAAAGAUAAAAGAUGUGAACGCGAUAGCUCAUGCAUCGUUAUUUUCUAUGUAGUGUGCUCCAUGCGUGAUAUUUGUGAAGCACAGAGCCAGCACUGGCAGCACACAGCAGGAGCUUGUGGAGCAGUAUAAUUUAUUUGCAGUCUCACACACACACAAACACGCCUGCUAGUGAAGCUUUAGGAGUCUACAGAGACGAGACUACCUUGAGACCAUGGCUUCUGUAAAUAAGUUGUAAAAUAACAGAUUGUUGUCUUAUUCUGUUUUCUGUUUAAACUGUGUGCCAUUUUUAUAUACUUUUUCUAGUUCUGUCCAGCAAUACAUAGGACCACUAUUUUUUGUAUUUUCUAAUGGGCCAUUAAUUCAUACUCCCUGUAUAUCUAAUCCAACUAAUCCAAUAAAGUCAUCAUUCCUAUUGUGA